AUGUCUUUCGCACGCUCCAAACUCGCCAGCCCGGCCGGCAUGAACAUAGAAACCUCAGAGCAAUCCACCAGCUACAUCUAUCAAUACGAUCAGGUCAUCGAGCCCCAAUCAGUCAAUCGUAGCCGGUCCACAUACUCUACUCUGAUUGCCCGUCAAGUGGGAUCUGGAGCUCCAGUGACCCAUGCUAGCUUCUGGAUCUGCUGUGCCUGUGGACAGAUGGUCAAUGACGCCCUAGCUCCCGAGCGUUGCGCCUGCUGUGGUCAUCCACGAUGCCACACUUGUGCAUCUACCUGA